GCAAAGUCGUAGUCGUACGGUAUGGUACUUCGUAGGUGCGGGUACGCUACGUAAGCGUUCUAUCUCCAGAGCACUCCCCGUGCUUCUUGCCGAUCCGAUGUUCUUCGCUCGGUUUGUUGCAAUUGCAUGAAAGUCAAGAGCAAGAAUAGGAAUAGCGGGCCAUCGCUGCCCAACGAAAUGCAACCAGCACGUGCUUCCCUUGGCACAGCCAAAACCAGUACUCACAACGGCAACAAUGGCAAGAACAAGAACAACAACAAGAACAACAACAACAUUAAAAAGAACAACAAUACCACCGCCAACCGAUUCUACUGCCUCUUCGUCGUUGCCGCUGUUUCGGUCUGCGCCUUUUUCGAUGUCGUGCUGCCGGUCUAUUCCAACGGAUCGGCCGSYYACCGUUCGGGCCACCGAAUGGCCGAGCGCCUCGAGGAGUUUCGGAUGGGACCGACCGAGAACAAAAGCACAAASACAAACUCCCRAGCCGAUGCGACCGUGACCGUGGCUGCYGUUCGGGAAGGAMCCAACACAAACAACAGCACAAGAGCCUUUUCCCCCUCCCUUUUCGGUGGUCGUCCGSUCCCCCCGCCAGGAAGGGCAGCCCGAAAGAGAAACAGAAACGCCACGAUGGUCCUGGCGGUAGCUCCGCUCGACAAGCGGCACGUGACGGCGCUGUGGAGCGAGCUCGAUUGCUUUGCCCGCGACGGGGACCUGAAAMRGGUYKUGGUAUCGGCCCCCCUCUGGGCGGAGGCCAUGGUCCUCCGCAUCCUGCGCGAGGCCAGGGAAAAGCUCCCCCACUUUUCCGGGUCCUCCCCGAAGAYCGAGCUAAAGGCGGCCUUUUUCGAAAACGAUCGGUACGACAUUGGGUUGUGGUGCGACGGGCUGGAGAGCCUCUUUGGGAAACCACCAACGGGGAACAACAACAACAACAACAACAGCAACAGCAACAGCAACAGCAACAGCAACAACAACAGCGGUUACUACACCGACGACGUGAUCCUGCUGAACGAUUCGUUGUUCGCCCUGAGACCCUUUACGGGGAUCCUAGACGCCCUCAAGGGGCGCAACCGCGAUCCACAGAUCCCCUACAGCGACACGAACCACAGCGGAUUCGAUGCUGCUGCCCCGAAGCAUAUGGUCUCCCUGAGCUAUUCCCUCACGGAUCCGGCCGGGAUGUGGCUAGAGAGCGUCUUUCGGGCCUUUGAUCCGGUCGGACUAAAGGCCUUUGUGAAACAUUCCUGCCACGCCCCCACCCAUUGGGCCUUUUGCCCGGACGUUGCCGAUUCCCGGGAAAAAAAGAAAUGCCUCGUCAGGCAYCACGAGGUGGGCAUUGCCCGCUUGUUCGACCACGCCAGAACCGAAAGAACGAACAACAACAACAACAGCACCGGUGCAAGGGAGGACCCCACCAACCACGGCUCCGUCCUCGGCCUCUACCCAUCGGACGUUCCCAGGGACAUGUGGAAGCCCGAGCGGCCCUACGGGACGUGGGCCUCCCACAUGGAGUACUGGAAGUCGGUCCUCAUMAAYGUCCAYRGGUUUCCGGCCGCCAAGGUCUCGAAGCGCAACAUGAUCAAAACCAUGAAACACCCGCUCCUGCAGGAAUGCACGGCGAGGUUCGAUCGGUCGAUCUUCGAAAAAGAGGCGGACGUCUUUGACUUUGCAAAGGGGGUCCGAACCAUCAAGCGCAAUUCCCCGUAACAGCAAGGCAACCGAACGAAACGAAACGAAACGAAACAAGACGGAACGAAAUGGAAUGGAAUGGCAUGGAAUCUGGUCCACUCCAGCAACGAACCAUCCAACCACACAUGCGAGCAACACC